AUGACGAUAGAGGUGAUUUGGAAAAACCGUAAUAAUAUAGUGUGGAAUAACGAUCGAGAGGGAUUCUCUAGAAUGGGAUUGCAAGCCUUCUUUAAUUGGCAAGAGUGGUUUACCGCCCAAGAUAAUCAGAAUAGAAGUUCGAGUGCUCAUACUCCUGUAAGCUGGUCCCCUCCUGGUGAAGGGUGGGUUAAAUGUAAUGUUGAUGCUGGUUUCAAUAAAACUUACAGGUCCACAAAUAGAGGGUGGUGUUUUCGUGAUGCCAUGGGUAGAUUCAUUACGGCCGGCAUUGCUUGGGAUAUCGGUAAUUUAUCGACUUUAGAGGCGGAGGCUUUAGCCUUGAAAGAAGCGGUUCAACAUGCUGUCACUUUGAACAUGAACUGUGUGAUCUUUGAAAGCGACUCUCAGUUGGUUAGUAAAGUGAAAGCAGUUGCUAGGAGCAGCAGCAACGGCGGAGCUACCAUAGGAGAGAUGCUAGCUGCUAUAGAAGAAUUGUGUUGUGAGAACGAAGCACUGCAGGAGAGUGUUAGUGACCUACAAUAA